AUCUUGAUGCCCAUAAAUGCUGCUAUUUCUUCUCAUACAUGCGUUCAUUGUCGAGAGAGCUAAGCCGCUUCAGGUAAUUUAGCCGCCGAAACCAAUCAUAUCUUCUUUAGUGGGCCUCUAUCGCAAACAAGAUCGAGGGGAUCUUGCAGGUUAAAGAGGGCAACAAAGCCCAACAUUCCAAUUUCAGCCAUCGCAGACAUUUCACCCUUCCCUACCUACCAAAUAAUAUCCAUUAAAGAAUAGAAAAAAAAUGCAAAACUCAGUCUACGAAACUGCCGCCAGCGCAGUCCAAGCCCGGAAUCGCAUCCGCAGCCACAUCUACCAAACGCCCCUCAUUCCAGCCCGAGCGCAAGGCAAAUCCAAUGGCGCAAAGGUGCUAUUCAAAGCAGAGAACUUCCAAUUGACAGGAUCGUUCAAGAUCCGAGGCGCAAUGUCCAAGAUGUCAGGCCACCCAGCGAACGGGCGAUUAAUAACAGCCUCAUCGGGUAACCAUGGGAUAGGCGCCGCAUGUGCAGCGCAGGCAUUGUCCAAAGAUCUCACUGUUGUCCUCCCGGAAACGGUGGUGCCUGCGAAACUGGAGAAAAUCAAGUCCUACGGGGUGAAUAUUAUUCUGCAUGGAGCUGAAACUGGUCUCGCUGAGCAACAUGCCCAACGGCUUGCUGCUGAGGAAAAGUAUACUUAUAUUUCGCCGUACAAUGAUCCUGAUAUUAUUGCCGGGCAAGGGACUAUUGGACUAGAGAUCCUCGAGCAGUGUGAUGAGGUGGAUAAUGUUUUCGUCUCUAUGGGUGGUGGUGGAUUGAUCAGCGGUGUUGGGGCGGUCAUGAAGGCGUUCAGUCCACGUACGAAGAUCUAUGGUGUUUCUGCGAUUAAUUCCAAAGCUCUCGCCGAGUCCAUGGCUGCGGGCCAUGUAGUUGAAACGGAGCAUAGGGAUACUCUGGCUGAUGCCGUUGCUGGAGGCAUCGAUACGGAUACAAGCACACUUCCGUUGGCAAUGUCUGUGGUAGAUCAUGUGCUUGAAUGUGACGAGGACGAGAUUAAAGCCGCCUUGAAGGUUAUGGCGUUCGAGGAAAAUAUGAACGUCGAAGGCUCUGCAGCUCUGGCUUUGGCCGGCUUUAAUAAGGUCGCACAACAGCUCACCAACCAAACCAGUGUUAUUGUCUUGUGCGGGGCGAACUUUGACCAGGGUGUAUUUAAGAGUGUGAUUCUGGAUCUUUAG